CUCUCUUUCUGGGGUUUUCUUCUUCUUCUUCUUCUACUUCGUCGUCUUCGUCUCUCUUCCUUGUCUAUACGUAUACAAUAGCGGUUUGAAAAUUAGCCGACGCUGGAGCAGUUAGAUGGCGGCCGGGAGAUCAUCAAGUAUGCCGUCACGACUCCGACAGCUUUUAUCCGGUGAAGGUUCUAUUGGACCUUCUAUUAGACUCGACGCUGAGCCGCCUCCUGAUAUCAAAUCCUUUAUUGACAAAGUAAUCCAGAGUCCACUGUCUGAUAUUGCAAUACCUCUCUCUGGUUUUCGGUGGGAGUACAGUAAGGGGAACUUUCAUCACUGGAGACCUUUGUUUCUACAUUUUGAUAAAUACUUCAAGACAUUUUUAUCAAAUAGGAAUGACCUUCUCUUGUCCGAUAAAAUGUUAGAGGACGAGGAUCCCUUUCCUAAGCACACAGUUCUUCAAAUACUUAGGGCAAUGCAGAUAAUCCUGGAAAAUUCUCCCAACAAAAGUUCGUUCGAUGGUUUAGAGCACUUUAAACUCCUACUUGCUUCUACGGAUCCAGAGGUUCUCAUUGCAGCUCUGGAAACUCUGUCUGCGCUUGUAAAAAUUAGCCCAUCCAAGCUACACAGGAGCGGAAAGUUGAUUGGAUGUGGUUCAGUAAACAGCUUCCUACUCUCUAUUGCCCAGGGGUGGGGUAGCAAAGAGGAGGGAUUGGGUUUGUAUUCUUGUGUUGUGGCAAACGAAAAGCACUAUAAGGGGGUCAGGAAUGGUUCCCACGUUUCUCCCUCUCUUGGAGUAUGCUGAUCCAAGCCACAUGCAUCUUGUAUAUUUGGCUGUUAAAGCACUACAAAAGCUCAUGGAUUAUAGUAGUUCAGCCGUACCUCUACUCAGGGAUCUUGGGGGGGUAGAGCUUUUGUCUCAGAGGUUAGAGGUAGAGGUACAUCACAUCCUUGGGUUGCAUGUAGAGAACAACAGUGACAUGGUAGAUGGUGAAUCCUCAAAAGUAAAUGGUGAUCUCUUGUUAUCCCGGAAGAGACUCAUCAAGGUUCUUCUGAAGUCACUUGGUUCUGCUACGUAUACUCCUGGAAAUGCUAAUAGGUCUCAAAGUUCUCAUGAGAGUACUUUGCCUGCCACUUUG